UAGAAGUAGUAAUAAUUGGGAAAAUAUGGGGGUUGCAUUUAGAAUUUGGAAAACACUGCUCUCUACGGCGACGAAGGGAGGGGAAAUGGCCGGGGGAGCAUCACCGUCAUGCAUCUUCUGUCAAAUCGCCCGCUCUUCCACCUCCACCAUUCUUCUCCACUCCGAUGAGAAGGUUGUUGCUUUCCCAGACAAAAUGCCUUCGGCAUUUAGGCAUUAUUUGGUAAUUCCUACGGAACACAUUCCAACGGUCAAAGACCUCCAGAGGAGAACUGAAGACUUCUCAUUGGUGAGUCACAUGUUAAAUGUGGGGCAAACUCUAUUGCAGAGAGAUGCACCUCAGUCGCAGUACAGAUUUGGCUUUCAUCAACCUCCUUUGAACAGUGUUGACCAUCUCCACCUCCAUUGUUUGGCACUUCCAUUUAUACCAAGAUGGAAGCAUGUAAAGUACAUGUCAUUGGGACCCCUGGGUGGAUUUAUUGAAGCUGAGAAGUUGUUGGAGAGGAUAAAGCCAGUAUCGUCUAUUCCUUCGGAAGUAUGAAAUUAGUCAAUAAUCUUCUGCGUAUUAGACUUCACUCGACCUCAUUUCUCAAUUUUAUGCGAUGUUGUAAUCAAUCAGUUGAUAUAUGCAAAGCAUUUGUAAUCUGGGUUUUCCAGACAAUGGUAGCAAAUAUUGUGAUGCGCGCUUGCUCAUCUUAACACAUUAAUCUUGUGGAAUUCCCUUUUCAGCCGAAUGCAUGAUAUCAAGAUGCUUUGCGUUAUCUGCA